AUGGUUAAAGACAAACUUCACAACACCAGCGAUGAUGACAACACAGAAGAGAACUUCUCAGAAGACGGAGACUGGGGAGACUGGGAAGAAGCAGGUGAUAACGGUGACAACGACGGUGACGGCGGCUCGGAAUCUGACUUCCUCUGUUUGUUCUGUGACUCUCACUACGUUUCCUCUGAUUCACUAUUCGAACACUGUCGUCUCUGCCACGAGUUCGACUUCCACGGAGUUAGAAAGGAGCUGAAGCUGGACUUCUACGCUUCGUUUAAGCUCAUCAACUAUGUUCGGUCACAGGUGGCUGAGAACAAAUGUUGGAGCUGGUGUCAAGUCAAAGAUGUUAACUUUCCUCCUUGGGAUGAUGAGAAGUAUCUGAAGCCCUUUUGGCAGGAGGAUUCACUUUUGUACAGCUUUUCUGAUGCUGACGUGGAAGAAGAUGAAGAGGAGGGAUUAGAUAGAGAGGGUUUGAUUGAGGAUUUGCAGAAGCUUGGUGAUUUGAGUAUUGAUGUUGAGGCUAUAGGAGAAAGCUCUGUGGAUGUUACUCUUAUCCCAAACUGCAGUGACCUGAAACAAAGUUGUGUGGAUGGGAAAGAUGAGGAGACAAGAGUUUGUGAAGGGAGGUUAGUUGGUAGGAACGUUAGGAAAGUGAAUGAGAACUAUUUUGGAUCUUAUAGUUCGUUUGGGAUUCACAAGGAGAUGAUAAGUGAUAAGGUUAGAACAGAAGCAUAUAGGGAUGCUCUUUUGAAGAAUCCGAGUCUCUUGUCUGGCUCUGUUGUAAUGGAUGUUGGUUGUGGAACUGGAAUAUUGAGUCUUUUUGCUGCUCAAGCUGGGGCUUCAAGGGUAAUUGCAGUUGAAGCUAGUGAGAAGAUGGCCAAAGUUGCAACUAAGAUUGCUAAGGAUAACAAAGUGUUUAAUGAUAAAGAGCAUAAUGGGGUGCUUGAAGUAGCACACUCAAUGGUUGAAGAGCUUGAUAAGUCCAUAAAUAUUCAACCUCAUAGUGUUGAUGUGUUAGUCAGCGAAUGGAUGGGAUACUGCCUUCUAUAUGAGUCAAUGCUCACCUCUGUGCUUUACGCAAGAGAUCGGUGGUUGAAACCUGGAGGUGCAAUCCUCCCUGACACAGCCACAAUGUUUGUUGCUGGAUUUGGAAAAGGCGCCACAAGUCUUCCUUUCUGGGAAGAUGUCUAUGGCUUUGACAUGUCUUCAAUUGGCAAGGAAGUUCUUGAAGAUACUGCUCGGAUUCCUAUUGUUGACGUUAUAGAGGACCGUCAUUUAGUGACUGGACCUGUUCUUCUCAAGGCAUUUGACCUGGCUACCAUGAAACCAGAUGAAGUAGAUUUCACAGCAACAGCAACGCUUGAGCCCAUUGAGUCAGAAACAGAAGCUAGGUUGUGCCAUGGUGUUGUGUUGUGGUUUGACACAGGUUUCACUGAUAGGUUCUGCAAGGAAAACCCAACCGUACUAUCCACAUCACCCUACACUCCUCCAACACACUGGGCUCAGACGAUCUUGACGUUUCAAGAACCAAUCUCAGUGGCACCUGCCAACGUUCUGUCUGGUGAUGACAGAAGAGGAGCCAUUGGAACUGAAGAAAGUCCAGUCUCAAGCAUCCAUCUGCGUGUGAGUGUUGCACGAGCGUCUGAGCAUCGCAGCAUUGACGUCUCAUUAGAGGCUACAGGGGUGAGCUCAAACGGUCAGAAGCGUAGUUGGCCAGUUCAGAUAUUUAAUCUAUGA